ACCACCGCGAUGAGGCUCGCGGUCCUUCGUUUGGGCGCUUUAGUGCGGACGAUGAUAUAUUCUUCCGGGUGCCCAAGGACAGGUUCAUAGGGUCCGAGCAAUUUGACCAAAUAAUUAACCCUACAAAAGAACCUCGCCUAGCGCUAUCGCGGGGGUCACGGUUGAGCAUCCUGUGAGUUUAUCUUCCAUCUACAUUCUCAGUACCCCCUCGGGCUAUGGUAAAUGCCGCCAUGCAUAAACCUUCCCGCCUUCCAUUGGGGUCGGAUUUAUCCUCUACGUACUAACGUUUGAGGGGAUCGCUUAUUCUUAAAGAGACUUUCCCCAAUGUUAUGACACAAGUGUAAGUUGCUGCCCGAUGCUUUUGUGGUUUCCACUUCUGAGUCAGUCGCUUACUAGAAGUAGGACCGUAGUCUACUAAAUUCGAUGGCUGAUAAGCUCCACCUUCCAGGCGAAGAUGAGGCUACCUUCGGAGACGAACAUUCAGCAAGAGUUUUAGCCCUUCCUGGUCGUGGAGUUUUUAGAACGGGAAUUUUAUUAAGAGUGCUCGUCAAAGAACCAGCGGAGUCCCCCAAGUCAGGUCCAUCGGAAGAUCGGUUCACUCUUUUCGCAUCAUUUCCAUACUUCGGGAAAUUUAGUGCUGGAAUUCAAUGGGACGCAGAAAGCGAGAGCGUUGGACUCUUGGAUUUCAGGCGCCUGGGAGCCGAUGUUCAUGACGGUGGUGCCGUGGAAAAUGAGGUGGAGAGAGGUGGUAUAAGCGAUAUAUUAGUACAUCAGGUACGAUACAUGAUAUUUGAUAACUGUAAGUCAUCCAUUUUCACCUACUGUGGACCCAAACACCUUGGCUUAGUGAUUUCCGAAGAUACAAUGGCGACGUUCAGGUCUAAGGAGGACAUCGCCAAAGAUAAAGCCCCACUUCACCGCUUUCAGGAGCGUAUAGGCGCCUUCCGUGCGAUGAUCCAUAUGAUUGCCAAUUGCACGGACUUAGAGUUGUGGACAUUGGGGAAGCUUCAAGCCUUGUUGUGCAAAAUAGUUAGUCUAUUCCCUCCUUUGAUUACAGAAAUCUAGCAUUAAUUCCCAGGGACUGUCAGGAGGAGGACAUCGACCAAAUGAUAUUAGAUGCAAAACUCUACGAGGAUAAUCAAGGGAUACAGAGAAUCCCAGCCGAUGAACCGCAAAUGCCACCACCAGGAGUCGACCUUACUCAGGAGGAAUUGCAGAAAUGGAAUGAGGAUCAAGAACGAGCCCGGUUCAAGAACGUUCAGAAGAGGAAGCAGAAGAGAGUUCUGGGACUCCUCACCUCCCUGAACAGGCUUUCGGCAGGUUUGUUCGCUGCUAUCAGCGUUGCUGAACGACAGAUUGCCGUUCUCCAGGACCUACACAGCGUGUUUUUGACGAGCUACCGAACAAAAUCUAAAGAUCAUGAUAGAUACUCACUCUGGCAGAACCCCUUCCACAAGAACAUCGCCUGGAUCCCUAUCCUUUCACAAAACCAGGGCCAGAUAUGGCCGAAAACCUUGGACACAAUUGACGAUGUGGUCCGCGAGAGGAAAUCUUUCACUAGGAAAGUAAAGGAGUUGGUCGAAAUUAUGGAUAUUCGAAGAAAUAUUGUAUGAUUCUCCUAUCUGAACUCAUAAUAAGAAUACUAACACUCGACAGCUUUUUGGAUUUUUGAAGUCUGAUCAAGCUAUUGCCGCCCCCACUGAGAGAACUGUUCAAGAAGCGACAGAGGCUACGAAGCGCACUGAAGAUAGUAUCAAGGACGCCAAGGCAGCGUUUGCGCUGCAA